AUGACUCGACUGUCCCAACUCCAACUGGCUGUCACAAUUGAGGAAAUGUUCCUGGAGCAAGCCAAGAUACAGCGAGUGACCUUGAACGAGACACUUCGUCAGGUGAAGUCCGAAAUCACCGAGCACAUACAACCUGGCAGCUUAGUUGGAGUUCCCCACGAGCUUUGGCUCCGGUAUUACAACACAUUGCGCCUAAUCACCUGGGGAGAGCGUCGCACCACAAUGAUUAUUCGCGCAACUGCCCUUCGUCGCCAGGUUGGGCAGAAACAACUUCGUGAUCGUCACAACUUGCCUGACACCAAGCGGAUGGAUAUGGAUCGCGACAUUAUUCUUGUCAUGUUUGAUCACUUUGAUUUGCCGCCUUAUGGUGCAGAUUUCUAG